AUGGACGGCGAAUCCAGAUCGCAUCUCUUUUACCGACACGUGGCAGCAGGAGCGGUUUCAGCCGUGGUGGCGAGCGCCGUCACAUACCCCCUCGAUGUCGCCAAGACCGUCGCACAGGCGGGUGUCGCACAGGCCAGCGUCGCACACGCGGUUGUCGCACAGGCAGGCGCCGUGCAGGGCAGCGGGAUCGCAGGGGGGUCAGCGGGAGCAUCGCCUGGUGGAAUGGCUCGAAGCGGGACGGCAGCAGCGUCACGAGCGGCUGCCACCAGCGGUCUCAACUGGAGAAACGCAUUCAUGGGGUUUUCACCGCACCUUGCCGGGCAUCUGCCAUCGCUAGCAGCCCGCUACACCACCUACCAUCUCGCCGCCGCUUACCAAAUGGGUGAGUCCACCGUCCUUCCUUCCUGCCUUGCAAUUCACCUCGGGUUCUCCUCGUGGUCUUCUAGUUCAUCAAGCAAGUCAACUCACUCAGCACGGAUGGUCUGCCCUCUUGGCUCCCCAUCUCCCCGCUUCAAGAAGCAGCAGCAGGAGCCAUUGCAGGAGCGACAGGGUCUCUGCUCUCCAUGCUUCACCUGCAACUUUGCUGUUUCUGCUGUCCCCAUUCGUAUCCCCUUUCUCUUUCCCCCGCACAAUCCAGAUGGUCUGCCCUCUUGGCUGCCCAUCUCCCCGCCUCAAGCAGCAGCAGCAGGAGCCAUAGCCGGGGCGACAGAGCACCUCUCUGCAUCCCUGCACACCCCUCCCAUCCCCCCUCCUUCCACCCCCCUACCGCCCACCACUUUCUCCCUCUCCCUCGCCCACUAUCCCUGGACCCCGGUCCCCUCGCCCUACCUCCCUGCAUCGUCCCCUUGGGAAGCUGCAAGGGCUGGAGUGAGGGCUGAGGGGGCAGCUCAGCUGUGGAGAGGCCUUCGAGCGGGUGUGACUAGAGAUACGCUCUUUGGAGCGGUGUUCUUUGGAGGGUGGGUGACUAUAGAGGAGGGGUUGAGGGAGUUCGAGGAGCUUCGACGGAGGAAGAGAGAGAGGGAUGGGGAGGGGGAGGGGGAGGGGUUGGAGGGAGGAGUGGGUGGUGGAGACAUGGGGAGGAGGAGUGUGGGGAGUGGGUAUCGGUAUGCGUUAACACAGGGGUUGGAAGCGGCCGUGGCAGCAGCGGUGGCGUCGGUUGUGUCACAUCCGUUUGACUGUGCCAAGACCCGCACUCAAGCCACCGUCUUGCCCAAGCACGUGGCAAUGGAGUUAGCGUUGGCGCAGGGCCUGUCGGGCAGCGCGAGCGACCUGGCGCACCUGCUGGAGGUGCUGCGCGGCGCGGAGGACGCGCUCUCGAAGCACGCGGCGCAGCUCGACACUCUGCUCGCGUCGCUUGAUCCUGCUCUGCACUCUCUCGCAUUCCUCUUCUUCCUCGACGCGCAUGCAGCGCAGGCACCGGGCGCACUGUGGGAGCAGGUGGUGGGGACAAUCAUCAACUUCAUCAAAGUGGCCUCGCCCACCCAGCUCGCGCUCGCGCCUGAAAAGUUCGCCUCCCUGUGCCAUCGCCUGCGAGACCAGCUCAUCGCACACUCCCAGUACGCUCGAGGCGUCCUGCCACUACGGUGGGCAAUCAGCAAGGUGCAGCACAGCAGCAGUGCCGAGCAUCUCACCCCGCAACACGCGGACUGCCUGCAGCUGUGCCUGCUGGCCAAGCUCUACCGCCAGGGGGGCGAGCUGCUGCAGGGGGAUAUUCUCGAUAUUGACCCCAAGAAAACGGGGCUGGUGCACCGGGACUUCCUGCUGUACUGCUUCUAUGGAGGCACCAUCUAUGUGGGUCUGAAGCAGUACCAGAAGGCUCUAGACCUCUUCAUGCAUGCCAUCACAUCCCCAGCGCAGGGAGUGAAUGCCAUCACAGUGGCGGCUUACAAGAGACAUGUGCUCGUGUCGCUCAUCCUGAACGCCCAGCUGUCGCCUCUACCCAAGUUCACUCCAGGCAUCGUGCAGAGAGGGCUAAAGGCGUGCUGCCAGGACUACCACGACCUGGCGAACAUCUACAUGUCUCGUGACGCAGCAGAGCUCAAGAAGUUUGUAGACUCGCAUGAGCAAGCCUUCAAGGCGGACAACAACCUAGGCUUGGCCCAUCAGGUGGUCGCCUCGGUCCCCAAGCGCAGCAUUCAGCGUCUCACUCACACCUACCUCACUCUCUCGCUCUCCGACCUUGCUGAGUCGGUGCACCUCUCCUCGCCUGCCGAGGCUGAGAAAUACCUUCUUUCCAUGAUAGCGGAUGGGGAGAUGUUUGCGAGGAUAGACCAGCAGGUGGGCAUGGUGAGCUUUGAGGAGGACCCUGAGAAGUACGACUCGCUCGCCAUGGCUGCUGUUGUGGAAGAACAUAUCCAAAGGGCCACGAAGCUGUCCAAGAAGCUGACGCUGGUGCACGAGCAGAUCUCCUCCGACCGGACGUACCUCACACGGGUGAAUGCACGCGAGCGCAAUGUUCGAUACGGGGAGCAUGAGGACUAUGAGCUUGCACCUCAACGAAUGUUUGAUACCAUUCAUCUCCUGGGUGACAAUGGCCCGAUGAAGAAGCACAUCGACACUGCCAAGGGUCAUCUGGUGGUCGCGAUGGUCAAAGGCCGAGAGGCUCGCAUCAAUUUCCUCUCUCCAGUCUUGCAAAUUCUUGUGGGAGUGACUGCAUUCCUCUCGUCGCUGGUCGCUGCGGACCGUCUCUUCCACUUUUACGUUGCGUUGUACUGGAGGUUCUCUAAGAAGCGCCCGGAGGAAGCUUUCGAAGCGAACUCCUUGCCAGAUCUCACGACCUGUCCUGAAGCCUUUCCCAAAGUUGUUGUUCAGAUUCCUAUGUUCAACGAAAAAGAGGUGUGCGAACAAGUGAUUGACUCAUGUUGCAAUUUGAUAUGGCCAAGAUCGCGCCUGUACAUUCAGAUAUUGGACGAUUCAACCUGCCCCAUUACUCGCAGCAGGGUGGUGAAGAAAGUGGCCGAAAAGGUAGCUCUAGGAAUUCACGUGGAAGAUCGCUGGAGAUCCAAUCGGCAAGGAUAUAAAGCUGGUGCAAUGAUGGAGGCUGAGAAGGCAAUUGGAGAUUACGAAUUCACUGCCAUUUUUGACGCGGACUUCAGCCCAGAGCCCGAAUUCCUCCUUAAGACAAUCCCGUAUCUCAUUGACAAUCCACGGGCUGCGUUUGUCCAAACGCGCUGGGUGUUCGCCAAUGCGGAUGAGUCCGUCUUGACUCGAGUCCAAGAGAUUUCUCUCAAUUAUCACCUGAAGUGUGAACAGUAUGCCAGAUUUGCUACGGGCAACUUCUUCAACUUCAAUGGAACGGCUGGAGUAUGGAGGCUCUCUGCAAUCAAGGAUGCAGGCGGUUGGAACAACAGGACGACUGUUGAGGACAUGGAUCUCUCUCUUCGAGCUUACAUUAGAGGCUGGAAGUUCAUAUUCUUGAAUGACGUAACGUGUGUUAACGAGAUUCCAUCAACAUAUGCAGCCUUCAGGCACCAACAGCACCGCUGGAGCUGUGGGCCGAUGCAACUCUGGAGAAAAGCUAUGGAUCAAGUUUGGGAAUCGGAGGUAAGUGCUUCAGCAACUGCCGAUUCUUUCUCCUGA